UUCACUACAUUACUACUCAAUAAUAGCACAGUUAAAAUAUUCUUAGCAACAAUCAUUUAGACAAGUUGGUAGUUUGGUUCGAUUUCUUAAGUCAAGAACAUUAGCCAGUAUUUUUACAUGACGACACUUCUAUGAAGAAAAUAGCACGAAGGUUGAUAGCAGCAUUUGGAACAGUGAUGGUCAAAGAUAUUCAUCAAAAAUGGACACAAACCGCACUUGUAGAGGAAAGUCUGUGAAACAAAACAAGUCAAAAAGCUCAACAAAACCACAAUAUAUGGAUUGGUCAACGGAGAGUGAAGAAGAGGAUGACAGAAAAAUAGAUCUAGCUACGUUGCCUGCAUCCAAACUCACGUCGGACUUUUGGCAAAUCCAGAGACUUAUCAAAUUUGUAAAGAUUGGUAACCAGACAGCAACUCUUAUUGCCUUGUGCGCCCUUAAUGAUUUUGAUAUGCGGUCUGAAGUUUGCCAGAUGGCUGUUCGUGAUGCCAAUGGUCUGACGAUGUUCACCAACAUGCUCAGAACAGACCACGACAAAUGCAAGAUUGCAACAAUGAAAUUGUUGGAACCGCUCACAGACAAAAGCAAAUACAACAGAAGAGAAUUAGUAAGAGCUGGUGCAAUGCACAGUCUUGUGGAUCAUACAGAGCUGAGUGACAACAAAGAUGUUGUUGGUUGGGCAGCAAUCGUCAUGGCUAACAUGAGCAAAUGCAGUUUGGCAAGAAACAUUUUGAAACAAAAAGAUGGAAUAAGAAAACUCGUAAAUUUACUGGACCUCGAUGAAAGCAAACAACUUUCCAUGCUGCAUUCCAAAAAAACGUUUCGAGGAGUAAGUAAAACGAUUCUCGCAAGAAACGUGGCUACAUCGUCAGUGAAAGCGUUGUGGAGCUGCUGUCGUUAUAGUAAACGAUGUCGCAUUGCAUUGCUUAAGACAGGAGGUGUUAAAUAUUUAGAAAAACUUGUCGUCCUUGAUGAUGAGAGCCUACUAGUUCCUGUAGUAGGAUUAAUACAGGAAUGUUGUAUUGAGAAAAACUUUCGAAAGGCAGUUCAACAUACGAGUGUUAUCGAGACUGUCGUCAAUCAUUUAAAACGUGAAAAUCUUGAGCUGAAGACAUACUGUGCACUCGCUAUUUUCAAGUGUGGCGAAGAAAAGAAUACGCGAGAUAUUGUUUUCCAAGGCGAUGCCGUUUUACCAUUAAUGGAUAUGCUUACAUUGAAGGAAAAUAAAGCUCUGACUGCAGCAACUGGAGCUUUAUGGAAAUGUGCAAGAAGUGUGGAGAACGCUAAACGAUUUCUACAACUGGAUGUGAUGCACAAACUUAUAAAUUAUAUCCAGCACGAUGAAUGGAAGUAUGAGAUACAAGCACAUGCCGUAGGAACAGUCGCAGAACUGACACGACUGUCUCAAGGUAGCUCCGAGUUAUACAACUGUGAUGGCUGUGAGGCGUUGAUAAGCAUGCUGGGGCAUCCAAAUAAAGAAAUCUUAAAGGGAAUUGCUCAAGCAAUAUACAACAGCAGUGAGGACGAGCAAUGUAAAAUAAAAUUUAAGCAAAUGGAUGCGAUAAGGCUGCUUUGGACGUUGCUCAAGUCAUUUGACGAUAAGGUCAUUGUAAACGCUGCUUGGGCCUUGUAUGUUCUUAUUGAAGACGAACAAAACGAUGCUGAAAACAUCAGGUCAUUUGUGGGAGGCCUUGAGGUUCUCGUCAAUUUAUUAAAAUCUGAGAGCACAGAGGUAUUAACAGCAGUGUGUGCUGUUAUUUCAAAAGUCGCAAUGAACUAUGAAAAUGCUGGUAUUAUAUCCGAAUAUGAUGUUGCUCCGUUGCUCGCCAAACUGACAAAUAUUAACGAUGAAGGUGUGAAACGUUAUCUCGCUGAAGCGAUAGCAAGUUGCAGUGUAUUUGGAAGUAAUGCAAUAGCAUUCCGCAACUUGGGAGUUGUAUCAAAGAUAGUGAAAUAUCUUCACAUUCAAGACACAUUGCUACAAGAGGCAAGUGUUCGAGCCUUGUACCAUUUAUCACGUGAUCCAGCAAACUGUGUCAUUAUUCACAAAAAUGGUGGCGUCAAGUUGUUACUUGAGAUGGUCGGCUCCAAUGAUCCAGAUCUUCAGGAAAAAGCUGCAAGUUGCCUGACAAACAUCAGGCAAUUAGCCAUACAAAUGAAAGAUACCAAAUCAUAAAUCAUUGAUGCAAACAUUUCUGUUCUUUUCUAUUUAUUUCUGACUAUCAAUGCGGUAUAUUGUGCUAUUCUUAUGCCAUUGCAAUAAAGUCACUAUUAAGUUCAUUGUUAAGAUUAUAUAGAUCAGAUAUGCGAAAGACUAUAAUUGUAGCUACAUUGAUUCUAAAUUUUAAAAAAUACAGUAGUGUUUAAUGGCGCUUA